UCCCCCGACUCUUCACUCCCACCACUACCCUCCCUCUCCCCUUUCUUAACAACAAACAGAACAGAGUCCUCUGUUUCUUCUUCUUCUUCUUCUUUGGUGGGUUUGUCAGACCUUUUAGCCGAUAAAUCUAACCCGACAUUGCCUUCCACUUCCGUCCUACCAAAACCCCUCGUUUUGGUUUCUUUGUUAAUAUGGAGAUCUCAGCUCCAUUCAUUUCGAGAAUGGCUCCUCUGUUUUUGCUUGUCUCGCUUCUUCCUUGCCUGGCCAUGGCGGGUCAUGACUACAUUCAGGCCCUGAGUAAGAGCAUUCUCUUCUUCGAAGCUCAGAGGUCCGGCGUCCUGCCCACCACCCAGAGAGUCUCCUGGAGGGCCAAUUCCGGCCUUAAUGACGGCAAAGCCAGCGGGGUGGAUCUAGUGGGCGGAUACUACGAUGCCGGGGACAAUGUGAAGUUUGGUCUGCCCAUGGCUUUCACCGUGACGAUGAUGUCGUGGAGCAUACUGGAGUACGGCAAACAGAUGGCCACCAGCGGCGAGCUCAGCCAUGCCAUGGACGCCGUUAAGUGGGGCACCGACUACUUCAUCAAGGCCCAUCCCGAGCCUUACGUCCUUUACGGAGAGGUGGGAGAUGGGAACACCGACCAUUACUGCUGGCAGAGGCCGGAGGACAUGACAACCGACCGGAAGGCCUACAGGAUCGACCCGAGCAACCCCGGGUCGGAUCUUGCUGGAGAGACAGCCGCUGCCAUGGCCGCCGCCUCCAUGGUCUUCCGCAGCCACAAUCCCGCCUACUCCGCCGAGCUCCUCCGCCACGCCGAGCAGCUGUUUGAGUUUGCGGACAAAUACAGGGGCAAAUACGACGGCAGCAUCACCGUGGCCCAAAAGUACUACCGAUCCGUCAGCGGGUAUAAUGAUGAGUUGCUGUGGGCAGCAGCAUGGAUGUAUCAGGCAACCAACAACAAGUACUACUUGGACUACCUCGGAAAUAAUGGUGACUCAUUAGGCGCCACUGGUUGGACAAUGACCGAGUUCGGAUGGGACGUCAAGUAUGCUGGUGUUCAAACUCUUGGAGCAAAGUUCUUGAUGCAGGGCAAGGUAGGUGAGCAUGCCUUAGUCUUUGAGAAGUACCACCAGAAUGCAGAGUACUUCAUGUGUUCUUGCAUCGGAAAGGGCACUAAGAAUGCCCAGAGAACCCCUGGUGGACUAAUUUUCCGGCAGAGGUGGAACAACAUGCAAUUUGUCACGAGUUCUUCGUUCCUCCUAACGGUUUAUUCGGAUUAUCUUGCUUCUGCUGGGAAAAGCCUCAACUGCGCUUCAGGCAAUGUCCAGCCCCCUGAGCUACUCUCCUUCGCCAAAUCUCAGGUGGACUACAUUCUAGGAGAUAACCCAAGAGCAACCAGUUACAUGGUCGGAUAUGGCAACAACUACCCGAGACAAGUCCACCACAGGGCAGCCUCGAUCGUGUCCUACAAGGAGGACAGCUCUUUCGUGAGUUGCCGAGGAGGAUAUGCCACCUGGUUCAGCAGGAAAGCAAGCGAUCCCAAUCUUCUCGCUGGUGCGCUCGUGGGUGGGCCUGAUGCAUAUGAUAACUUUGCGGAUCAGAGGGACAAUUACGAGCAGACUGAGCCCGCAACCUACAACAACGCUCCUCUUCUGGGCAUACUAGCUCGGUUGGGUGGGGGUCACAGUGGAUAUAACCAGCUCCUUCCAGUGGUUCUUCCAACAGCCAAACAAGUCGUGACCAAACCAACUCCGGCUCCAGCUGCCACUACCGCCAGUCCCAUCUCCUUAGAGCAGAAGCUAUCAGCUUCAUGGAAUGCCAACGGGAAGACCUACUUCAGAUACUCGACUAUGGUGACUAACAAAUCGGACAAGGCCCUGAAAUCCCUCAGCCUCUAUAUUUCCAAGCUCUAUGGUCCAAUCUGGGGCUUGACCAAGACAGGCGAUUCAUACAGCUUCCCACCAUGGAUCCAAUCUUUACCUGCUGGGAAAAGCCUCGAGUUCGUUUACAUCCACGCUUCACCUCAAGCGGAAGUCUCAGUUUCCAGCUACACACUCGCCUAGAAAGUUCUACAGGAAAGUUAAAGAUACGCGAUAUCUAGGUAAUUUUGAAGUGUACAAAGUUGUGCGGGUACAUGGAAAUGCCAUCUCCGGGAAGCCCCCUUCUUUCUUUUUCGAAGAACUUUCAUCCUUACUAGUUGAUUUCGAUGUGGGAACUUCGGUCUUGUUUGAGGAUUUGUAGGAUCAAGCAAGACUGAUUACGUUUUCAAUAAGGAGGUUGAAGCUUUGGAGGGUGAAAGGAGUGAAGAGACGAACUGUAAAACAAAGGAAGUGCUCAUCCUCUUUCUCCUCCACUUCAACCUUUGAUGUUACAUAGACAAUGGUUGACCAUGUCUUAAGACUUGUGUAAAGAGGAGGAAGAUGUCUUUAGAGAGGGAAGAUAAUGGCUUUCCCUUUAUUAGUUUUUAGGGCCUGCACUUUCCCCACCUUUGUUUGAGUUUUUCUGUUUUUCAUGAUCUUUCUAAGUUGUCUGCUUUAGUGUUGCAAACUUUGCAGCAUUUCUCGAUUUCCUCGAUAUGAUUAUAUAGUUUGUUCAGUUGCAGUAACAGUGCACCUUUCGGCUCAUCUUAUAUUGGUGUUUUCCAAUGA